CAGUCGCAGUUUUGGCCCGACUGAGAGACUGAGCGAGUGAGGACCUUUGGUCCACCUGCGCCUCCGAGUCGCUGCGCCGCUCCGGCCCCAGCCCCACCCGCUCAGCCCCUGCUGCGGCCGCACCCUCGGGGCCACCACCAUGGCUACUAGUCGGAGUUGGUCUUUCAGCCUCAUCUCUCUCCUCCUACUGCUGCAGGCGCCGUUAUGGCUUUGCCAGGACACGGGACAUUGCCGGCCGGGCUUUGCCUCCGAAAAUUAUACCUUCGAGGUGUCCGGGGCACACCUGGAGCGAGGCCGAAUCCUGGGCCAAGUUAACUUUGAGAGCUGUUCUGGAAGAAAGCUGAAUGUCUAUUUGGCUGAGGAUUCAAGGUUCAAAGUGACUGCUGAAGGUGUUGUAAUUGUGAAGAGAUCUCUCCAGCUCUAUAAUAUAGAAACAAGCUUUAAUAUCCAUGCCUGGGAUGCUACAGGUAAAAAACUCUCAACCAGAGUGACAGUGAAGAGUCCAUCAACACGCCAUCAACGUCACCGUCAUCAUCACCACCACGACUACCAGGAAUCUUUUUCAAAAGAAGAGAGGGAAGUGCUGAUGUUUCCUCCCUCCCGCCCUGGUCUUAAGAGGCAGAAGAGAGACUGGGUUAUUCCUCCCAUUAGCUGUCCGGAGAAUGAGAAGGGUCCAUUCCCUAAAACCUUGGUUCAGAUCAAGUCUAACCGAGAUAAAGAAACAACAGUUUUCUAUAGCAUCACAGGCCAAGGAGCAGAUGAGCCUCCACAAGGGGUCUUUGUUAUUGAACGAGAAACGGGAAUCCUGAAAGUGACAGCGCCUUUGGACAGAGAAGAUAUUCCAAAGUACAUCCUUUAUUCCCAUGCUGUGUCUUCAAAUGGCCAAUCUGUAGAGGAUCCUAUGGAGAUAGUGAUCAGAGUGACUGACCAGAAUGACAACCGUCCUGAGUUUACGCAGGCGGUCUUCAGAGGGUCUGUGAUGGAAGGAGCUCAUCCAGGUACCUCUGUGAUGCAGGUAUCAGCCACCGACAAGGAUGAUGAUGUGAAUACCUACAAUGCUUUGAUUGCUUAUUCCAUUCUAAGCCAGGAACCCAAGGCACCCCAGGACCAUAUGUUCACCAUCAACCGUGGAACCGGAGUCAUCAGCGUGGUCACAACUGGCCUAGACAGAGAGACCAACCCAGAAUAUACACUGAUUGUCCAAGCUGCUGACUUAGAUGGAGAGGGUCUGAGCACCACAGCUACAGCGGUGAUUACCGUCACGGACACAAACGACAAUCCUCCUAUCUUCAACCCAACUACGUAUGUGGGGAAAGUGUACGAGAAUGAAGUGGAUGCGGUCAUUACCAAUUUGAAAGUGACUGAUGCCGAUGCUCCUAAUACCCCAGCAUGGAAAGCAGUGUAUUCUGUCCUAAAUGAUGAAAAGGGUCUCUUUGCUGUCACCACUGACCCAGAAACCAAUGAAGGAAUUUUGAAAACAGCCAAGGCUUUGGAUUUUGAGACCAAACAACAGUACAUUCUUUAUGUAUCCGUAGCGAACGAGGUGCCCUUUGUUGUCAGCCUCUCUACCUCCACAGCCACAGUCACCGUGGAUGUCUUGGAUGUGAAUGAAGCCCCAGUCUUUAUGCCACCAGUUAUGAGAGUGGAGAUACCAGAGGAUUUUGGAGUGGGAGGGAAAAUUACAUCCUAUACUGCUCAGGAUCCUGACAAGUUUUUGCAACAGACAAUAACGUAUCGGAUUUGGAGGGAUCCAGCCAAUUGGCUGGAAGUUGAUCCUGAGUCUGGUGUCAUUUCUACUCGGGACAAUCUGGACAGAGAGAACUCUCAGUAUGUGAAGAAUAGUACCUACACAGCCCUCAUUGUGGCUGUGGAUAAUGGUUCUCCUCCAGCCACGGGCACAGGAACCCUUCUGUUGUUUCUUAUUGACGUGAAUGAUAACGGCCCAGUGCCAGAUCCUCGAAAGAUAGACAUUUGCCAGAGGAAUCCAGAGCCUCAGAUCAUAAAAAUUGAAGAUCCAGACCUUCCACCAAACACUUCUCCCUUCAUGGCAGAAUUAACACACGGAGCUAGUGUUAACUGGACUAUUGAAUUCAGUGAUAAUGCCAGAGAAUCCCUGACUUUGAAGCCAAAGAAAGAAUUAGAAUUUGGGGAACACAAGAUAAAUCUCAAACUGACAGACAACCAGAAUAAAGACCAGGUGACCACCUUGGAGGUCUUCGUGUGUGACUGUGAAGGAGCUGUAUCCAAGUGCGUGAAGACGGGUGUAAUUGCCCAGACUGGCAUGGAUAUACCUGCUAUCCUGGGAAUACUAGGAGGAAUCCUUGCGCUGCUAAUUUUACUGCUGCUUCUGCUCCUCUUCAUUCGAAGAAGGCCAGUGGCAAAAGAGCCGUUACUGCCACCCGAGGAUGACACCCGAGACAAUGUCUAUUAUUAUGAUGAAGAGGGAGGUGGAGAAGAAGACCAGGACUUUGACCUGAGUCAAUUGCACAGGGGCCUGGAUGCCCGACCAGAAGUCACUCGGAAUGAUGUAGCACCAACCCUCUUGAGCGUCCCCCAGUAUCGUCCUCGUCCAGCCAAUCCGGAUGAAAUUGGCAAUUUUAUUGAUGAGAACCUGAAGGCUGCUGACAGUGACCCCACAGCGCCCCCUUACGACUCUCUGCUGGUGUUUGACUAUGAAGGAAGUGGCUCCGAAGCAGCCUCCCUGAGCUCGCUGAACUCUUCGGGCUCCGAUGAAGACCAGGAUUAUGAUUACCUGAACGAAUGGGGCAAUCGCUUUAAAAAGCUGGCUGACAUGUAUGGCGGAGGGGAGGAUGACUAAAGGCGGAGCCUGGGGCUCUACAGAGUCAGGAAAUAGUCCCUGAGGGGCAUCAGGGGAAAGGGGCACAUGUUAGACCGAUUCUAUCCAUGCUCCCCUCAACUGUAUAAUAACACAAAUAGGAAUUCUUGCUAAUUUACAAGGUUAGUUUUAUAUCUUAAAGAUAGUACCAAUUCUCUCUGCUCCUACUCCCACCCCUUGUCUUAAAUUCCUCACAAGAUAUGUGUGAAGCUGGAGGAGAAAUGUAUUUCAGAGGCAAUAUUCCGAUUUUAGGGGUCAUGCUCUCGGGCACUUCUUUUGGGUGCUGUCUAGGUUGAUAAAGAAAAGAGACGGCAGCCUCCCCCACCUUCACCCUCUUUUUAAAAACGUGUGUAAUGUUUUUUGUUUUGCUUUUUGCUCUUACUUUGGUUCUGAAUCAAUUCCUUUCCUGUCCUAUUGUCUCUUCUUCCCAGGCAGGAGCUCUCAGAAACAUGUACCUUACUUUAUAUUUAUGGGCAAGGGGUUUGUGCCCUGCCGUGGUCAUUUUAUAAACUUGACAUCACAGUGUUUAAGACCUCAUGGUUUUCCUUUAUCACCACCUCCCGAUGUACACCUAUAUCUCCGGUUUGUGGAGGGACACUGGUCACAGAAGUGUCGUUAUUAUUGUUGGAAUUCUGUUGGAGAGAUGUUGAAGAAGGAAAA